AUGGAAGAAUUCAUGGUGGAAAUCGGGAAAUUCUGGAAGAUAGAGGUUCAGUGGCCUUCGGAAGUGCUCCUAUUGGCAAUAAACGCAUAUAGCUGGCUUUUGGUGUACCAGAUAGCCUUCAUCACGAUUAAAAUGGCGAAUUCGCCGAGACCAGGAACCUGGGCACUCGAACGAUCUCUGGACGGAGAAAAAUACCACCCUUGGCAGUACUUCGCGAGGAGCGACAAGGAAUGUCUCGAAACAUUCGGCGUAUCAGCAACCAAAGGCAAACCUCACUAUUUCACCGACUUCGAAGUCAUCUGCACCUCUUUCUAUUCGAGGCUGACCCCACUGGAAAAUGCAGAGAUCCACACGUCACUAAUAAACGGUCGACCCGGAGCGAAUGAAACCAGCCCGGAGUUAUUGGAAUUCACCAAGGCGAGAUACGUCAGAAUCCGGUUGAUGGGUCUCAGAGGCAACCAAGAACCGGUGCCAAAAUGGUUGUCGCAUGACGUAUGGAAGGACAAGAAGCUAUUCUACUCCAUCAGGGACAUCUCAAUUGGCGGGCAGUGUGUAUGCAACGGACACGCCGAAGAAUGCAGACAUAAUGUAGCGUCUGGGCUCUACUAUGCACAAGUUGAGAGUAGGCUACGAUACGGUGUGAUAUUUUGGGGUUUAUCUACCCUAGCAAAAGAUAUAUUCGUGGCACAAAAGCGAAUUUUACGAUCAAUGACGGGGCUUUCACAGAUCGAUUCAUGCAAAGAUAUAUUCAAGAAACUGAAAAUAUUAACAUUACCAUGUCUAGUCAUAUCAGAGUUGAGUAUGCUAGUAUUCGACAAUAACGAUGGAAUAUAUGUGAGAAACAAACAAAAUCAUGGUUUCAAUACAAGACAAAAGAAUGAUUUUUCAAUUCCAUUUGGAAAAUUCAAAAUAACUCACCAAUCUCCUAGUCAUAUGGCUCCUAGAAUAUACAAUGCUCUUCCUUCAAAUGUGAAAAACUGUUUAACAAAGCAAUCAUUCAAACAUUAUUUGAAAUCCUUUUUGACAGAACAGAGUUUUUAUAAGCUGGAUGAAUAUUUGUCAUGGCAAUUGGCGCACCCGGAAUGCGAGUGCAGCCAUCACACGUGCGGCCCGAACUGCGACCGAUGCUGCCCGAUGUUCAACCAGCGCCAAUGGGGGCCCGGCUCGGCCAGAGACGCCAGACAGUGCCUGCCCUGCAACUGUCACGGCCACGCCUCCAGCUGUCACUAUGACGUCGACGUGGACAGGGCCGGACUCAGCAUGGACGUGGCGGGGAACUAUCAGGGGGGCGGCGUUUGCGACAACUGCACGGACUUCACGACCGGCAUCAACUGCGACCAAUGCCUGCCCGGCUACUACCGCCCCGCUGGCACCCCGCCGUCCGCCCCGCGCCCCUGCCGCCCCUGCCAGUGCCAAGGGCGCGGCGCCCUCGGGCCCUGCGACGGGACGGGGGCGUGUCUAUGCAGGGAGGGGUACGCGGGGGCGGCAUGCGACCGGUGCGCCCCUGGUCGGGCGGGGUUCCCCGCCUGCGAGCCGUGUCCCUGUGACGAGAAGGGGGUGGCGGGGAAUGGGGAUUGCGAGGGGGAGUGCGUUUGCAAGAAAUCGCAGUUGUUGGUUUUGAGACAGAACGACUCAGGGAUGUUUUGUUUGGGGUGCAGAAAUCACGAGCUUGGGGGUUGGAUCGAGCUUUAUUUCCCCUAUGUUGGGUUACUUACAGAGCUUGGGCAUAAACCAGUACUGAAAUUAAUAAGCCGCGUCACUAAGUGUGAAAAAUAG